AUGCCGCGUGGCGGAGGCUGCCUGAGCUGGACGGGCGCCGCGUGGAGGUACCGGACGGUGACGCAGGAGGCGGCUCACGGGAGGAGCCGCAGGGUGGUGACGCGGAGUUCUGUGGCAGCGGGGCGCCGAGGAGGCGCUGCAGCGGAGCACGAACGGGAGCGGAGCCCGGGCACGGAGACUGGGGGAGGAGCCGGAGCGGGGCGGAGCGUCGCUAGCGGAAGACCUGCGGUGGCCGCUCACGGUGUCGGGCGGAGUACGCGGCGACCGGAGCUGGCAGAGGGAGCGGCGCCGGAGGCCGCCGGAGAACAGAGGAUGCGGUGUGCUCGGAGCGGCGCUGUCCGGAGCGGGGAGUGGCGGGAAGGACGCGGCGCGACAGACAGUACGAGCGGUACACUGCUCUGCACACGAUGGGUGUGUGCAAACCUAGAUCGAAGAAGGGGGGGAGAUGAGGAAAUUUUGCAUUCUGCAGACCAUGGAGCUGGAGAAAACAAUCAAGGUUGGGCGGACCGAAAGAAAAUUUUUGAGCUUCAUUUUGUUUGUGAUGGGCAGCUUGGCAAGGUUGAAGGGCUUCAAAGUAGGAAAGCGUGUGCAGAGUAUCAAUCAUUGGGGCCACUGGAUUGGGAUUUUCUUUCAGGUGUGAUAGAUAGUGGGAUGACAAAUGAGUAUGUCAUAUAUGUUACUGCACACAAGUUUCCUAGGCUGACAUGUCCGGAUGAGACAGAGCAUGUUCUAGAGGAUGAUGAUGAGAGGCUACAAUGUAGAGCUCCUAGACGAUCGAGGGAUGGUGGGGAGAGAGGAGGUGGUGGAAGAGAUGAUGGCGGAGAUGGAGGGGAUGAAAAAGAUAGAUAUGAAGGAGAUGCAGGAGAUCAUGGUGGUGGAGAUAAUGAUGGAGGAGAUGAUGAUGGGGGAGAUGAUGAUAGGGGAGAUAGUCGAGCACUGGCAGGCGCACCAAGGGCCAGUAGUUCUAGAUCUGCUAGAGAUGUAUAUAUGAAUUGGAUGACCCGGGUGGUUAGACGAAGGAGAUUAGGUCCAGUGGAUCAGGGGCACCAAGUCCCACAGUAG